GAUGAUGUCACAGUAAGUUGCAGCGUGGGACAGACAUGGCAGCUUCCAUAUCACAGCAGCUCGAGGAUUUGUUAAAUCCUUUACCACACUUCGUGGACCCCGAGGACGACCAAGAUGAAGACACCAAAGCGAAAGUCAUAGAGAAGUUUGAUGAAGGAGGUGAUGAGAACGAUGAAGAGCUUUUACCUGGUCAUCUGCGGAAACGCUCUGGGGCCAUUCUGGCUGAUGGUGACCAACGAUAUCGUGGAAAGGCAACAUCCAGAAAAGACCUACAGAAAGAUUUGGAUGGAUCAGCAGAUGAAGAUGAUGAUGAUAAUGAUGAUGGUGUUGAUGAUGAAGAUGAAAGUGGAAUGCUGGAAAAGUACAUGGAAUGCAUGGAUGAUGAUGAUGAUAAUGAUGAUGAUGAUGAUGAUGAUGAUGAUGAUGAUGAUGAUGAUGUUGAGCAUCAAAAUGAUGAUGACGAGGAUCUCGUUGGAGAUGAUGGUUCACAGAUGUCCAGCUUGGUCUCCAAAAUGAAGGGCACAGAUUUUAUGAAACUCACAGAGGGAUUGGAUGACCUGGGAGACAGUGACGAAGAUGAGGAAACUGCUGACAGUGAAGAAGAGGAAGGAGAGAGUGAUGAAGGCUCCGAGGAGGAGAUGGAAGAAGAGGAGGAAUCAGGCUUGAGGACCUUCUCAAAAGAGAAAGUCGAUGAAGAGGUUGAAAAAGGGAGAGCCGUGAAAAAUCAGCUUGCCCUUUGGGACCUGAUGCUUGAAAGGCGGAUCAAAAUGCAGAAAGCUCUUGUGACAGCCAAUCAACUUCCACAACCACAAACAUUCUCAGAGUUCAAGAGCAGGGGAGGGGCUGAAUAUGCUGAUGCUUUGAAAAAUAGUCAUAAAGCUCUCAAGGCUCUACAAAGGUCUCUGCUGGAACUUCAAGAUCUGCUGCUCCACCAAAACAAGGAAACAAGAGCCAUCUCUCAGGGCAAAACCUGGGGGGAUGGCAGCAGUGCUAAAGAUGAUGAUGAAGAGAUUAAUAGUGAAGAUGAUAUGGAUGAAAAUGAAGGUGAUGACCAAGAGGUAGAACAGAAAGCAGCUCGAAACGGACCUCCCAAACGAAAACUGGAAAUGGCAGAUUAUCCCAACUUUAUGGCCAAACGCUUUGCUGCAUUUCAACCGUAUCGUGAUACUACUCUCCAGAAAUGGUAUGACAAGACACGGCUAACAACGGGGAAGAACAAUAAGGGUUUUGGAGCAUUUGACAGGAACAUCCUGACGCAGGUGGAACAGGUUUUAAUGGACAAAGAGAGGCUGGUGAGGCGUACACAGACGCGCAGGUCUGAAUACAGAGUCCUGGGGAAACCAGAGCCAGUUACUCCUGAAAUAGACAACACCAUCUCAGAGGGAGAGGUGGCUGAACUGGCAGUAAAAGCCAACAUGCACCUCAAAGAUCUGGAUGAGAACAUUUUUGAUGAUGAUGAUUUUUAUCAUCAGCUUCUCCGAGAGCUUAUUGAGCGCAAAACAAGUGCAACAGACCCCAAUGAUCAAGUGGCCAUGGGAAAGCAAUGGCUUGCUAUCCAGAAACUGCGUAGUAAAAUCAAGAAGAAGGUGGACACCAAAGCCAGCAAAGGCAGAAAAAUCAGGUUUCACGUUCACAGUAAGCUGAUGAAUUUUAUGGCUCCUAUGGACAACAGCAGCAUGAGCGAUGAUGCACGGUCUGAGCUGUUUCGUUCCUUGUUUGCAAAUGGUCCAGUGACAACACAAUGACUGAAACAUCUGUCCCAACAUGCUUAUACUCCGGGUGUGUGUGUACUACAGAUGUCCACACACGCGCCCAUACUUAUCUACUGCUCUUGCUGGUGAAAUCCCUCAGGAACCCCAAACAUAUUUCCUUCUUUAAGUGACUUGCUGUAAAUGAAACUAAAGAGUUAUUGUGAUUUGUGAGCUGACACAUUUUAGUGCCUCUUUAUAUUAAAAACAUUGUCAACACACACACACACACAGAGUGUUUUCAUUGAUGUCCUAAUUGUACUGUUAGCACAUGAUUAAAUCUAGUGAAAGCGAUAUCUACCUCUAAAUGAAUUCCCUUGUCUGGAAGCGUUCUGUAAUGUUAUCUGAUCUGUGGUAUCAGAGGAACCUUCACCUUCAAUUAUCUGCUUAAGUUUUCAUUAUUGUGUCUGUCAUAAAUAUAAUUGGCUAUUGAAUUGGUGUGAUUCAAUUUGGUUGUUGGUGGGUAGAAGGAAUAUAGACUGAGAAAGCCACUCAGAGGGGGCUGAAUGAGAGAAUGAUUGGAGAACUGAUAAAUCAAUGAAAGUGUGUUCCUGGAUCAUUCUGUCUGCCAUUUGAUUUCUC